AUGGAAGUGAACGACCGUGCCUCCCAGGCGUCCACGCACGGGAACUUGGCAGUUGCCUACCAAGCGCUGGGCGCCCACGACCGUGCUCUGCAGCACUACCAGAACCACCUCAACAUCGCCCGGGAGCUGCGAGACGUCCAGAGUGAAGCGAGGGCCCUCAGCAAUUUGGGCAACUUCCACUGCUCACGAGGAGAGUACGUGCAGGCAGCCCCGUACUACGAGCAGUACCUGCGCCUGUCCCCGGACCUGCAGGACAUGGAAGGGGAGGGGAAGGUUUGCCAUAACCUCGGCUACGCCCAUUACUGCCUUGGGAACUACGAGGAAGCUGUGAAGUACUACGAGCAGGAUCUGGCUUUAGCGAAGGAUCUUCAUGACAAGCUGAGCCAAGCCAAAGCCUAUUGCAACCUGGGCCUGGCCUUCAAAGCCUUGAUGGACUUCAGCAAAGCAGAGGAGUGUCAAAAGUACUUGUUGUCCCUGGCCCAGUCUCUGAACAAUUCCCAGGCCAAAUUCCGAGCUCUGGGGAACUUGGGGGAUAUUUUUGUCUGUAAAAAAGACGUAAAUGGUGCAAUAAAAUUUUAUGAGCAGCAAUUGAGCUUAGCCCAUCAUGUUAAAGACAGGAGACUGGAAGCCAGUGCCUAUGCAGCCUUGGGCUCUGCGUACAGAAUGAUACAGAAGUGUGACAAGGCUUUAGGUUACCACACACAGGAGCUGGAGGUGUACCAGGAGCUGGGAGAUAUGCCGGGUGAAUGCAGGGCACAUGGUCACCUUGCUGCAGUGUACAUGUCACUCGGGAAGUACACCAUGGCCUUCAAGUGUUACGAGGAACAGCUGGAGCUUGGGCAGAAGUUGAAGGACCCCAGCAUAGAAGCCCAAGUCUAUGGUAACAUGGGCAUUACCAAGAUGAACAUGAAUGUCAUGGAGGAAGCUAUUGGCUACUUUGAACAGCAGCUGGCCAUGCUGCAGCAGCUCAAUGGAAAUCAGUCUGUGUUAGACCGGGGACGAGCGUAUGGGAACCUGGGAGAUUGUUACGAGGCUCUGGGAGAUUUUGAGGAAGCUAUAAAGUAUUAUGAACAGUACCUGUCUGUGGCUCAAAGCUUGAACCGUAUGCAAGAUCAGGCAAAGGCCUACCGGGGCCUGGGCAACGGGCACAGGGCCAUGGGAAGCUUGCAGCAGGCUCUGGUAUGCUUCGAGAAACGGCUUGUGGUGGCACAUGAGCUGGGGGAGGCGUUUAACAAGGCCCAGGCCUAUGGGGAGCUGGGGAGCCUGCACAGCCAGCUGGGGAACUACGAACAGGCCAUUUCGUGCCUGGAGCGCCAGCUGAACAUUGCUCGAGAGAUGAAGGACCGAGCGCUGGAGAGCGACGCCGCCUGCGGCCUGGGCGGGGUCUACCAGCAGAUGGGGGAGUACGACACAGCCCUGCAGUAUCACCAGCUAGACCUGCAGAUUGCAGAGGAGACCAACAACCCCACUUGCCAAGGCCGGGCCUACGGGAACCUGGGCCUGACCUACGAGUCCUUGGGCACCUAUGAGAGGGCAGUGGUUUAUCAGGAGCAGCACCUCAGCAUUGCAGCACAAAUGAACGACCUUGUAGCCAAAACUGUGUCUUACAGCAGUCUGGGGAGGACUCACCACGCUUUGCAGAACUACUCUCAGGCUGUGAUGUACCUACAGGAAGGACUGAGGCUGGCGGAGCAGCUGGGGCGCAGAGAAGAUGAAGCCAAAAUCCGCCAUGGCCUUGGCCUCUCCCUCUGGGCGAGUGGGAACCUGGAGGAGUCUCAGCAUCAGCUGUACCGGGCCUCGGCACUGUUUGAAACCAUCCGACACGAGGCGCAGCUGAGCACAGACUACAAGCUGUCCCUCUUCGACCUGCAGACAUCCUCCUACCAGGCCCUGCAGCGAGUGCUCGUCACUCUCGGUCACCACGAUGAAGCACUGGCAGUAGCAGAGAGAGGACGAACAAGGGCAUUUGCUGACCUGCUUGUGGAACGUCAAACUGGGCAGCAGGACUCUGAUCCCUAUUCUCCAGUGACCAUUGACCAGGUCCUGGAGACAGUGAAUGGCCAGAGGGGACUUGUUCUUUACUACUCACUGGCUGCAGGUUAUCUCUACAGCUGGCUGCUGGCUCCUGGGGCAGGAAUUCUGAAAUUUCACGAGUGCUAUCUGGGAGACAGCCUGACGGGAAGUGCUGGGGACUUGCAGGAGGCCAGCAGCGUGACCCUGCCAGCGGUGACCAGCUCUGUGCUGGAGCAGCACAUCUCCAGCGUGCGGGAGGCCCUGGGCGUGGAUUCCUACUACACUCGAGCCUGUGCCAGUAGCGAGACUGAGAGUGAAGCUGGAGAUAUCAUGGACCAGCAGUUUGAGGAGGUGAAUAACAAGCUGAACUCGAUGACUGAUCCGACUGGCUUCCUGAGGAUGGUCAGCAGGAACAACCUCCUGAAUAGGAGCUGUCAGAGCAUGACCAGUCUGUUCAGCAGUACCAUGUCUCCUGUGAAGGACGGAUCAUCAUCUCUUCCAAGGAGGCAGACUUCCUUCACCAAACCCCCACUCCGUGCACUCUACGAGUUACUGAUAGGACCUAUGGAAGGAGGUUUGAUGCAUUCCAGUGGGCCUGUUGGCCGUCACCGCCAGCUGAUACUGGUUCUGGAGGGAGAACUGUACCUCAUUCCUUUUGCUCUCCUGAAGGGCUGUUCCUCCAACGAGUACCUCUAUGAGCGCUUCAGCCUGAUUGCUGUGCCAUCCAUCCAGUCACUGAAUCCCAGCUCCAAGUCCCAUGUGAGAAAGAAUACUCCUGCUUACUCCAGUUCUACCUCAAUGGCAGCUGUCAUAGGAAAUCCCAAGCUCCCUUCAGCAGUUAUGGACAGGUGGCUAUGGGGACCUAUGCCCUCUGCAGAAGAGGAAGCAUAUAUGGUAUCUGAGUUACUUGGCUGCCAGCCCUUAGUUGGCAGUGCAGCAACAAAAGAGAGGGUCAUGAGUGCCCUCACUCAGGCAGAAUGUGUCCAUUUUGCAACCCAUGUCUCCUGGAAACUGGCUGCUUUGGUUCUGACACCCAACUCUGACAGCAAUCCAGCCAGCAGCAAGAGUUCUUUUGGGAACCCCUACACAAUCCCAGAAUCCCUUCGGAUGCAGGAUGAUGCCAGUGAUGCGGAGAGCAUCUCAGACUGCCCUCCUCUUCAGGAGUUUCUGCUUACAGCAGCUGAUGUCCUGGAUCUGCGGCUUCCUGUCAAAUUAGUGGUUCUUGGCUCUUACCAGGAAUCCAACAGCAAAGUCACUGCUGAUGGAGUCAUUGGCUUGACAAGAGCAUUCCUGGCUGCUGGGGCACAGUGUGUCCUAGUGUCACUCUGGCCUGUUCCUGUGGCUGCUUCCAAAAUGUUUGUGCAUGCCUUCUAUUCCUCCCUCUUAAAUGGGACGAAAGCCAGUGCAGCCCUUGGAGAAGCAAUGAAAACUGUGCAGAGCAGCAAGCAGUUCUCCCAUCCGUCCAACUGGGCAGGCUUUAUGCUUAUUGGGAGUGAUAUGAAGCUGAACAGCCCUUCUUCACUAGUAGGACAGGCCCUGACUGAGAUCCUGCAGCACCCUGAAAGGGCACGAGAUGCUUUGCGUGUCCUGCUACAUCUGGUGGAGAAAUCGUUGCAGCGAAUCCAGAACGGGCAGCACAACUCCAUGUACACCUCCCAGCAGAGUGUGGAGAAUAAAGUGGGCGGCACCCCCGGCUGGCAGGCGCUGCUCACGGCCGUGGGGUUCCGCCUGGACCCCCCGGCCAGCGGGCUGCCAGCAGCAGUGUUCUUCCCCACCGCUGACCCCGGCGACCGGCUGCAGCAGUGCAGCACCACCAUCCAGUCCCUCCUGGGUUUGCCAAACCCUGCACUUCAGGCACUUUGUAAACUUAUCACAGCUUCAGAAACAGGAGAGCAGCUUAUCAACAGGGCUGUUAAAAAUAUGGUGGGAAUGCUGCAUCAAGUCCUGGUUCAACUUCAGGCAGGUGAGAAAGAACAAGAUUUCUCCUCUGCACCAAUCCAGGUUUCCAUCAGUGUCCAACUCUGGAGGCUACCUGGCUGUCAUGAGUUUCUGGCAGCUCUAGGUUUUGACCUUUGUGAAGUUGGCCAAGAGGAGGUGAUUCUGAAGACUGGGAAACAAGCUAAUAGGAGGACCAUGCACUUUGCUCUGCAAUCCUUGCUGGCACUUUUUGAUUCUACAGAGCUGCCUAAGCGCCUUAGCCUGGACAGUUCCUCAUCACUCGAGUCACUGGCUUCUGCUCAGUCUGUUUCCAACCCUGUACCCCAGUAUCAGAACCCUCCAUUCUCUCCUACUUGCCCAGACAGCAUUGCCUCAGAUGCCAUCUCUGUGUAUAGCCUGAGCUCCAUUGCCUCUUCCAUGAGCUUUGUUUCCAAGCCGGAGAGCGUCCCAGAUGCUGUGGGACACAGAGGACGGCAGGACUAUGAGAGGCCCAAGACCUGUUCACACAGGUCUGCAGUACAGAGCCAGUUGUCACCACAGACUAGCACUGUAGCCAGCAAAGAUGAGGAGGAGUAUGAAGGUUUUUCUAUAAUCAGCAAUGAGCCUUUGGGCAGUUACCAAGAAAACAUAAAACCAAGAUUUUCCCCUGAUCACAAACAGCCCAAAACUGGUCAGGCCGGAGGCAUUAAAGAGUGUGUCAACUCCAAAGGGAGCAUAAGUACCCCAAAUUCUCCUGUUAAAAUGACUCUUAUCCCUAGUCCAAAUUCACCUUUCCAAAAAGUUGGGAAACUUGCAAGUUCUGAUACUGGGGAGUCUGACCAGUCUAGCACAGAGACUGACAGCACUGUCAAAUCCCAGGAGGAUGGUAAUCCAAAGCUUGAUCCACAAGAGUUGGCCCAAAAAAUUCUGGAGGAAACUCAGAGUCACCUCAUUGCUGUUGAACGACUUCAGAGAAGUGGCAGCCAAAUAAACAAGAGCAACAACUCAGAUGAUGGGGCUCCCACCCCUGCAGGCGUCUCUGCGUUCCGAUCCUCGGAGACCAGCGCGUUCAGUCGGCCAGUCAGCUCCAGUCAGAAGAAUCAGUCUUCACCUCUCGCAGUGAAACCAAAGCCUCCAACAAGGAGUUCAUCCCUUCAGAAAGUGAGUUCUGGCUAUAACAGCCCUACGAUGUCGGAGACGUCAAACAAAGAAGGCACAGGCCAAUACAGUGGGCAGCCAUCCCCCAGUUCUGAUUCGCACGGGUCCUUAACUGAGCAGACUCACUUUAAACUCAAGUACCCCAGCUCUCCCUACAGUGCUCACAUUUCUAAAUCGCCCAGAAAUAUCUCUCCAAGCUCAGGGCAUCAGUCUCCUGGUGGCAGCACUCCAUCUCCUGCUCUGUCUUACUCCUCAGCUGGUUCUGCUCGCUCAAGUCCAGCUGAUGCCCCAGACAUAGACAAAUUAAAAAUGGCUGCCAUUGAUGAAAAAGUGCAAGCAAUUCACAACUUAAAGAUGUUCUGGCAAAGCACUCCCCAUCACUCCACGGGCCCGAUAAAGAUUCUCCGAGGAGCUCCUGGAACAAUGACUUCAAAAAAAGAUGUCCUCAGCUUGCUCAAUUUAUCUCCAAGGCACGGCAAAGAAGAAAGUGCAGAUAAGCUGGAACUAAAGGACCUGUCUAUUGAGCAACAUCUUACUUCUCCACAAAAGAAUCCUCCAAAUGGACACAGGCUCCCUGAUACUACUAAUGCAGUGGCAUCAACUCACUCUCCACCUUCCAGUAGCACUCCAGGAACAGCACGCCCCUUGAGGCUGUCGUCUGGGAACGGUUAUAAAUUUCUGUCACCAGGAAGAUUUUUUCCUUCCUCCAAAUGUUGA